CUAUGGUAAGUUUCUCGUUCGGGAUGCUUAUCCAGACCUCUUUUCAAGACUGGAGGCUAAAAAGAACCUUUGAGUUAAUACUAAAAAGAAUUAAACAUGAAAGAAAGCUCGAAUCUUCCCGGCAUCAUCAGGAAUGGGAUGUGCAGCGAGUUCGUCAUCCACACUGACUGUAAGUAGCUGCCAAGAAGACGCAUCAAACUACGAUAGUGCUUCGUCGGUCAUUGUAACGAAAGACGUCUCGAAUCGGAAAACCCUCUCCAACCUCCUUUCAUCAGAAACGUCAGAUUCGUGGACAGUGGACAUCAGACAACCGGCCGGUGACAAGCCCAGACACGCAGAUCAUGAUGCCGCAAUCAAACUGGUCUCGUUGACAUCUCUGGAGCGAUAUCCAGAACGAGUCUUGCCUCAACAACCGACUCGGAGGUACCGAGGGCAAAACGCCACAGGCGUGACAAAGCAAAAGACACAAAGUGAAGAGAGAGCACCAGUCCUGUUUACCAGUAUCACCAACCCAAACGUCCUCGCAUACCAGUCGUUCCCGGCCGUCUGCCAUAAAGACUACCAAACUGCAUCAAGGAAAAACCAAAUUAAAAGAGGACCACCCACAACUAACUGUGAAUCUUCAAGCUUACCUUCAAUUCACAGGCGAUUCCGAUGCUCUAUUAAGUUUCUGCCGCCGCUUCGAUUCAGGAAAGUUCGCUCUGAUGAGCCAGUCUACCGUGCGUUUCGUCGGCUCGAGCUGCCGAUUUCUAGUCAUUAUCCUGGCUACACUUGCAAACAGACUUCAAGCGAUGUGAUGGAUGGCGAAAGUGGACCUAGAUGGGACGUUUGUGGCUACUCCAGCACUGAUGUGAGUGAUCUUCAAGAAAUGUCUGAUUUUGAGGUGGAGUCAAAAGGCAAGUUCUCGCCGCCUGAAUUUCAAAUGAGCGAGGCCUCAUCCAGAUCAGAUUCCAUCGCCCCAACUCGGAUCAUACCCAGAGAGUUUGCUCGUGUGCUUUCCUCAGAUUCCAGUUUUGGUGACAAAUGUAAUGAUGAGAAUGCAAACGAGGACUCCAAAUAUUUCUCCGAGGACGUAGAAGCUGAUCAAGCUAGCACGCACCCAGAGGACACGUUCAGCUCUCCUUGCGAGGACCUCUCCACCCCUUCUAUCCUGUCCCUCCUCAACCACGUUGACGGUUCCAACUCCUCCGAGGACAUGUCAGGCCUCAGCUCUGCCUAUCCGAUGUCCUCGGACUCGGAAUCCUCCAGGGACACUGACUUAUCUGACGAGGGAUUCUCUGACGCAUCUUGCACCCUUGGUGCUGUGGACUUAUCAAAUCUCCACAUCAUGCCACAGUUUUUAGACUCCAAAUUAUCCUCUAGUAAGUUGAAGCAUCCAGCCGACACACCAAUUCUCUACAAUGGAGGCAUCUCCGCAUCUGACUUGGUAUCUAAACGUGACCGUGGUCUAGGAGAUAACCUGAAGAGCUCAACAUCGCGCCCUCUGUUAGCAACCUCACCACUGACUGCCGCUAAAGGGAGAACCAUCGGUCAAUCGGCCAGCUUCCAGGCUACCAACAGAUGCUCGACAAAACGAAGCCAUCAUACUAUCAGCUCCAUGGUCUCAGGCGAUCAUAUUCAACUCUGCGACCCGAUACCUCUAGCAUGUGGCUACGCCAAUAUCCAUCUUCACGUCAAUUUCUUCAACGAUUUUGGCGACAAUUUUGAUGACGAACUAGACUUUCUGUAACAUGGAGCUCAAUCCAGAAAA